AUGGCUGGUGGUGGCAUUCCCACGGAUGUCCCUGGCGUUGCCGGAGGAUAUCUCAGCGGCAAGAAGCUCAUCUACCCUCUGAGCUUGGUCAUCUCCCUCUUCUUCCUUUGGGGUUUCUCUUACGGCCUCCUCGAUGUACUCAACAAGCAUUUCCAAACUGUCCUCGGUGUCACCCGUCUCGAAUCUACCGGGCUCCAAGUCAUGUAUUUCGGUGGUGGCUACCUCUGCUUUUCUCCAGUUGCUGCUGAGGUCCUCAAACGCAAAGGCUACAAAGUCACGAUUCUCAUGGGUCUCACUCUCUACUCUCUAGGAGCCAUCUUCUUCUGGCCAGUCGCUCACUUCUCUACCCCCACAAACGAGAAGGCUGCUUUCGGUGGAUUCUUGGCUUGCACUUUCGUCAUUGCCUGUGGUCUUGCUACCUUGGAAACCUCAGCCAACUCCUACGCUGUCGUUAUCGGUCAUCCGGCUACCGCUUCUGCUCGCCUCCAGUUCUGCCAGAGCUGGAAUGGUGUGGCGUCCUUUACUGGUCCACUUAUUGCUUCCAAGGCUUUCUUCUCCGGCGAAAAUGCGAACUCCCUCACGAACGUGCAAUACGUCUAUCUUGCUGUAGCGUGCGCUGGUGUCGCCGUUGGUGUUCUCUUCUUCUUCUCGAAGUUGCCAGAAGUCUCAGAAGCCGCUGGACGUGCAGGAUCCAUCGUUGCUGGAGAUUCUGAGGAGCUUGGUCUCCCCCUGGACCAGUAUGGCAACAUCAUCGAGCAGAAGCCGCUGUACAAAGAGUACAACAUGAUUUUUGGCUUUGUCGCCCAGUUCGCCUACGUCGGUGCCCAGGUUACCAUUGCCACCUUCUUCAUCAACUACUCUACUGAGGCAGCUUCGUACACUUCAGAGGAGGGCGCUCGCCUGCUAUCCUACGGUCUCAUCGUUUUCACUGUCGGUCGCUUCAUUGCAGCUGGUAUUGCUUACUUCCUGGAGUCCAACUUCGUCCUCAUGGUCUACGCCGCUGUCUGCAUCGCCCUCUCAGCCUACGUCUCAAACGCUCACGGAACCUCUGGUGUCGCUUGCAUCAUCGUCAUCUUCUUCUUCAUGGCCCCGAUGUACCCUAGCAUCUUCACCAUCGGAACUGCGAACCUUGGCCGCAACACCCGUCGUGGUGCCGGUAUCCUUGUCAUGGGUGUCUCUGGUGGCGCUGUUUUCCCACCCAUUCAGGGUGCCAUUGCCGAUGCUGCUACCACGAAAAUCUCCUACCUUGUCCCCAUGGUCGGCUUCAUCAUCGUCCUGGCCUACGUCACCACCCACUGGAUCCGCCACGGCAUGCACAUCCUCCGCGUCAAGGGCGAGAACGUAGUUGCCACCGCGCUCGAGGGCGAGGCCUCGAGCACAGGCGUAAGCGAAUCGGAGAUGAAAGGCGCGGACGCGAUGGCGCGGGCGUAG